AUGCAGCUGCUCCGCCUUUCCCAUUUCUUUACCGCCGCUUGGCUCAUCUUGGGAACCUCGGGCGCCCCGUCACCGAGAGACCGGGUCAUCCCGCGGAGCUACGUGUUACACCAGCGCCAGGCACCUUCAGUCAGCCAAAAAUGGGUGAGAACACAAAGGCUGAGCGACCAUGUCGUUUUGCCAGUGCGGAUUGGACUGAAGCAGUCCAAUUUGGAAGCAGGGCAUGACAAGCUCAUGGAUAUCGCCAAUCCAUAUUCCACCAACUAUGGGAAGCAUAUGAGCCCCCAAGAAGUCAUCGACUUUUUUGCCCCUGCGCAAACUAGCGUAGACAUCGUCGUCAGCUGGCUGGUCGACUGCGGCAUCUCUCGGGACCGAAUUGGGCAGUCAGCCAACAGACAGUGGAUCCAAUUUGACGCCAAUACCAGCCAGUUGCAGUCGCUCAUUUACUCGGACUUCUACAUCUGGGAGCACCAAGACGGCUCUCAAGACAUUGCCACUGAGGAGUACCAUAUUCCAAUCCACGUGCGUGAGCACAUAGAUUAUGUGACCCCCGGCACAAGGCUGCGCUCGCGAUCCAACAUCCACCCUGGGUCGGGGAAGGCCAAGCGAGGCCAUGUCAAGCCCGCUAUUACUCCGUUGCCAGGCUUUCCCAGUCUCAAUGCGACGACCUGUGAUACUUACAUCACGGCCGAGUGUACCAGAGUACAAUACGGAAUUCCCAAUGGAACGACCUCCACGGCUGGAAAUGAACUGGGCAUAUUCGAGGCCCAGAACAGCCACUAUAGUCUAAAGGAUUUUGAAAUUUUAUGGAGUACUCUUUACCCAUCGUGGGCUGUGACUCCGGGAACUUACCCUGAGGAACGUCUCAUUGACGGCGCCAUCGGUGCCAUCGAGGAAGGCUCUCCAGUAUUCCCAACGAAGCUAGGGCUGGAGUCAGCCUUGGACUUUGACAUUGCGUGGCCGUUGAUACACCCGCAAAAGCCCGUACUCUACCAGGUCGACGACCAGUAUUAUGAGUACAAGGGGAACUUUGAAGGAUUCUUCAACACUUUCUUGGACGCCAUUGACGGCAGCUACUGCGCAGCGGCGCCAAGCGACCUUGACCCGGUGUACCCUAACCCGCACUACGGCGGGUAUAAGGGCGCGCUGCAGUGUGGCGUGUUCAAGCCCACCAACGUCGUCUCUAUAUCGUACGUCGGAAUCGAGUCAUACCUGCCUGACGCCUACAUGGAGCGGCAGUGCCGCGAGUGGAUGAAGCUGGCGCUGCAGGGCACAACUGUCGUCAUGGCAUCGGGCGACAACGGCGUCGGUGGCGAGGGCUCGUGCGAGUGCGAGUGCCUCCGGGGCGGCGGCGGCGAGACCGUCUUCAUGCCGACCUUUGCGGGCAACUGCCCUUACGUGCUGUCCGUCGGCGCCACGGAGCUGAACCGCGCCUCGAGCAACUCGACGCCCUCGGCUUACGGGCAGCCGCUGCACGAGGUUGCGUCUGUCCGCAUCUCCAGUGGCGGCGGCUUCAGCAACGUAUUUCCUACUCCCGACUACCAGAAAGAGGCUGUGCAGCAGUACUUGGACACAGUGGCCCCCGGGCUACCGUUUACGGGGUACGAGCAGCCGGUCAAGGACGGCGACUUCACAGAUGUCCGCAGUGGCGCGUACAGCCGCGUCGGCCGCGGGUUCCCUGACGUUGCUGCUGUGGGAGAUAGGGCCCUCCUGGUAUCGGGCGGAAAGUGGUAUGUCGUGGGGGGUACUUCGAUGUCGGCUCCUAUCUGGGCCUCUGUUCUGACCCUCAUCAAUGAGGAGCGCAUCGCUGCCGGAAAGCCCACCCUUGGUUUUGUGCACCCCAUCUUGUACGAACACCCAGAGGUAUUCAAUGAUAUCGUCCAAGGGAGCAACCCUGGAUGCAACUCGACCGGGUUUACGGCGGCCAAGGGCUGGGAUCCCGUUACGGGACUUGGCUCUCCCAAUUUUGAUAAGCUUCGGAAGCUUCUCAUGAGCGUUUGA